UCAGCGCGCACCGUUCCCAAACAAUGCUCAGGAAAAGCCACGUUGACGAUCUAGACUGAAGUGUAGUCCACAUUUUGAGGCAGAAUAAAGCAGCAUUUGGUCUUUGGAAGCUUUGAUUCCUUCUCGCUGCAGACUCCAGGUCAGAGAGGACAUGUCGUCGCCGCCGAAGGAGAAAGUCGAAACCAAAGGGGGACAUCUCCCUGCAGUAAAGGCUGGAGGUAUGAGGAUAGUGCAAAAGCACCAGGUGGCUGCUGCUGCUGCUGCUGUCCCGGAACCGCCGCAGAAAGAUGACGAAGAGGAGUACAUCAGCAGCAGUCCACCAAAGGUCCCUGUGAUUGUGUCUGGAGUGGUUACAAAGGGUGAUAAGGACUUCACCCCUGCAGCUGCCCAGGUGGCCCACCAGAAGCCCCAGCCUGGUAUCCCCAAGCUGCCCUCCAACCAGCACAUCAACCAGCACAUCCACCAGCCUCGCAAGUGAGCCAGGCAGCCGCCAACUCCCUCCACCAGCCGGCCUUCCCAAUGGAACACAUAAGUUAAAGAUGUUUCCCCACCAGGCGCAGAUCUCCUCAAAAUAAUCACAUUUAAAUUUUGCUAGCCUGUUGCAUUAAUGUAAAGCAGCCUAAUGCCAGUAUGGCCAUUGUAGAAGACCGAGUCUUUACACUCUUGCUGCAUCGGUGCGCUUUUGGGUCCUCUCCUUAAGGUGGUAUAGAUGGUGGAGGGUCCUCUAAAAUGGCUAUUAUUCUAAGUUUAAACAUUAGUGGAUAAACUGAUCUGAGAUCUGAGUCUGUUGGGGGAACUCUCACCCCGGUGAUGUGCUGACCAGAACCACAUCACCACAACCAGCCAAUCACAGAAACCUAUCAGUCAGGCUACCUAACCAACCGAAUCACCUCAUAGUGAGGAGCCUGAACUCCAGCCUUCUACCUAUGAUCUUCAGAGACCAAAAGAACCAAUCAACAAAUCAGGAGGAGGACACCGGUCUUACAUCAUCAACAGGAACCAAAAAAGAACACAGUGAGCAACUUCUAAAUUGCAGAAAUCAGUUCGAUGUGAGAGAGACUUUUGCCAAAUUGCACAGUUACAGCAUGGAUAAGACAAAGUAAAACUAGCCAAUUAUAUGACAGCAUUAACCAAUAAGUAACCCAAAAGUUGAAGUUGAAGUUACUCAGAAUAUUGACAUACGCAUUCCAUUUGUGAGAUUUAGAAAUGUAGUUAUUGAUCAGCUCUUAAUUGAAAUUGGUCCGUAUGUUCAACCAGGGCAAGAAAUUGUACAUUUUCAAUAUAUUUUUCGAAAGGCUAAUACGGGGAGACGAAAAACAUGACCCACCUUACUGUACUGACUCAUUCAGCUACUUGAUGCAUGUUGUUAGUGUCACGGCUCAAAACAACCAGAUGCAAAAGCUUUGCUAAAGCAAAAGCUAAUAUACCUUUUGGCCUAAAGCAAAAUGCAUUUAGAUUUUGCUACAACCUCCUCCGAUGUCAGAGCUUUUACCUUCAUUUAACAGAGAGGCCACAUUUGUUCCUGCCUCGUUUGAGCUGCAAUGAAGUCUAUCGUUCCCUAGCAAUGUUAACUAAUUUUUAUGCAAACUCAACCUGCUUCAUAGUAAAAAUCUUCCAGCUGUGCCUCUUUGCUUGACAUCUUCUGUUAGCUUUGAGUAGGGUUUUUUUGUCUAUUUUAUCUGCUACACAUUAAAAUCAACUGCAGUGAAAACAUGUAUCUAGAGCCAUUUACUGUGAAGCAGCUGCAGGGUGCUUUGUGUUUGCAUUAAAAUUAGCUUUAACAUCACAGGGGAGUAAUGUACUUUAUCAGAAGACGAACAAAGCCUGACUGGGAUGAGCCACUCAAAGUGAGGCUCUGAACUGUAAGCUGAAGGUAAAAACAUGAACAUAUUAGAAGAAUAGCGCUGCUAUUUCUACAUUCCACAAAAGUGUUAACAGUUUCUGUUUUCUUCUAUCAGGAAUAGUGUCAGCCCCUAAAAUGUAGAUCCACAGUUCCCCAGGAAUGAUACAUAUCAACACUCACAGACACAUGCACACACACACCACCCUUCUCCUUAAUCACCCAUCCCCUUACACUGAAGUGUAAUUUGUUGCAACACUAAUGUUCAGGUUUCCAGGAAAAAAAUGAAAUUUAUCUUGCCAAGAAGGAAUGAUUUCCUUUGUUAAUUUAAUUAAGUUUAAAAGAGUUUUAUUUUUGUUUGUCUCAGUUUUUUUUCUUGAGUAAAUUGUUCAAAUUGUACAAAUCUUUAGUCAUUGAGUGGACUUAGGUAUUAGGUGUGGUUGUCAUAGUAAAUAAAGAUAUAGACUAUC